GGCAAGUGACAUUUGAUUCAGAAUGACACAACUAGCUAGCUUCGUUGUGGUGUUAGCUGCAGUACCUUUGGCAUGGGGUCAACACAGUUUCCAAGACAUAGACGAAGAUGUUAGUGCAGGGAAACGUCGUAUGGAUAGACUGGGAAGUGGUCUAAUCAAACGUGUCUUUGGUGAAGACAUUGACACAAAGCGCGCACUGGACAGACUCGGAAGUGGACUGGUCAAGCGAGAGGAUAGUGUUAUAGAGAGACUUCGGCCAACAGUAGAAGAUCUUGUUUACCAAUACCUGACGGAACAAAACGACCAUCAGGGUGUACACCAGGACAAACGAAUGUUGGACAGACUUGGAAUGGGGUUGAUUAAAAAGCGUCUUCUUGAUCGAGUAGGUAUGGGUCUGAUCAAGCGUCCCUUGGAUCACCUCGGAAUGGGACUCAUUAAGCGACCCUUAGAUCGGGUAGGAAUGGGGUUGAUAAAACGAAAACCAGACUUUACAAAAUCUACAAAAGUGAUCGGUGCUCCAAAACGAAGUAUAGACAGACUUGGCGCAGGUUUGAUAAAACGCUUCAACGACGAAAGUGUAAAUGAAAAGAGGAUGCUGGACAGAAUGGGAUCAGGUUUACUUAAGCGUGCUGAUGAUGCCGACGAUGGUCACAUUGGAGAGAAGCGUCUCAUAGAUAACAUCGGAUCAGGUUUGGUUAAACGUUUGAGUGAUGAUAAAUUGGAUGAAAAACGAAUGUUAGAUAGGAUGGGUUCUGGAUUGAUCAAACGCCUAAGCGAUGACGAAUCAAAAGAAGAAAAGCGAAUGUUAGAUAGGAUGGGUUCUGGACUGAUCAAGCGUUUCAGUGACAAAGAAAGCAAUGAAAUGGACAAACGUUACCUCGAUCGAAUGGGAUCUGGCUUAAUAAAGCGCUUGCAUGACGAUGAUAUUGAAGCAAACAAGCGCUAUUUAGACAGGAUGGGUUCCGGUUUAAUCAAACGAUCUGAUCAAAACGAAGAGGUAAAAAAACGGAUGUUGGACAGCCUGGGCUCUGGUCUCGUUCGCUAAAAUCUCGUGAGAUACAUUGUUUCAAAUGACUGCUUCUUUCAUGGUUACCACAAAUAAGCUUUAUGCCUUUUAUUUUCGUACGAAGUUCCACACUUAUGAUUCCAUUGAUCAUGUGAUAUUUCUAAUCAUAUUGCCAUACGCAGACGAAAUAUUUCAAUGAUUAUAUUGUUAUUGUACAUAACGUGAUAUUUGUACAUAAUGUAUAUAUAUAUAUAAAGCUGUUGAUAACCUU